AUGAUCGACAAUCAACGACUGCAUCAAGAUAACUUACUGCAGAGAAUAUGCACGCAUAUAGUCACUGAUUUGACUAAUUAUCGGCCUCUAUAUGGGCUAUCACGGGAGAAUGCUCUGUGGAACCAGUGGUGCACACGUAUAUGCUCACUUCUAGGCAGCAAAACAGCAGAAAAGCGGUGGUUUGGGGUGUGUCUGGUGAAAAUUACAGCAGAACAAAGCCCAGAAGGGCUUUUUUAUGCAGGAAAUGAGUGGUGUCAGCGACUGCUUGAUCUUCUGAACAAUGAAACAUGCACGGCGGUUGUGCGCAGGAUAUGCCUUACUAUGUGCUGGAUAUUUGUAUUUUGCCAUGGAAGACAGGGAUAUAUGCGUGUAUUUGUGAGAUCUUUUCUUGGGAUGUUCAUAAAAAGCCUGAUUAAGAUGCCUAUGCAGCAUCCAAGCAUUACAGAAGUAUUUGUUGAGUGCAUUAGUGCUAUUGUUGAGCUUUAUCCGUCUGCAUGCAGGGCUUUUGUGCCAAAUAUCAGAACAAUGGCCAUCCAGGCUAUUAAUGAAACGCAUACAAACCGACCAGAUGUCCAAGAGGCACUAUUUUUGGUUUUUUCAAAGCUGCAUUUGUGUGCAGAAAAAAAUUUGGGCCAAGAACAAUGGAACUGUGGGGUUUUAUCGUGUCUUUGGGUGUUGCAUAAAAUAAUUGACAAUUUUUUCCAUAGUUCAAUAAAGGGUUUGAAGAAAAAUAUAUACAGAUUUAUAGGGUUAGCUGAUAAACAGUUUUUAGGUCCACAUAUGUCUUUAAAGCAGCCAGAAUGGGUGAAUGAAGCACUUCCAAGCGACUUUUAUGAAGCAUUUGAAACAUGUUUAGAAAAAUUUGAAAAAUACAUACGGAUUAUACAACUGUAUUUGAAUCAAUGCACACCUUAUUGUGUAAAAAUACCAGCAGGGCAGCUUUUUUUCUUCAUUUAUAGAGUUUUUCGUAUCUCGGAUAAAUCAAAUGUAGCAUUGGCAUUAGACAAUAAGGAAAAAUUGUAUUUGCAUACUAAAAUACCUCAUUUUCAUUUAAUCUCAAGCAAACUUUUAGCCGAUAUGAUUCGAAUUCUUAAUUCUAACAUUUUACCACAUCUUUCCGAAUUACUUGGACAGUUAAAUUAUGUCUUUUCUAGAGAAAAAGAAUUCAUACCAUUAAAAGUAUCUAUUUAUGAUAUUUUCACUAUGAUUUUGCACAGCGUUGGAUCGUCUAUUUCAUCUUAUAAAUCGGUUGAUAUGAUUAUUCAAGAAGCAUUAAAUGAUCUAAAUCAACUCUUAAUCACUUCACAAUCAAUUCUUGUUCUAAAUCAUAAAAGUGAAUCAAAAAAAAAGAAAUCUAACGAAACAUUAAACGUGAUACUAAACAGUUCUGAAGUUCAAAAAAUGCCGCCAGAAAAUAUAAUUAAAUCAGCAUUAAACUUCAUUUCAUCCGUUUUAAGCCAUUUAUGUCCAGGAAUACUCUCUACAGCUCAAAGAUCGUUAAUAGACAAAACCAUAGUAUCUAUUGCACUGUCUCCUAGCUUAAAAAAAAAAUUACACAAGCAGAUAUAUGACUCAUUAAUAAAUAGUAUUCUUUCUCCAGGUGAUGUACAAGCAAUCAUUUUACCACAUGUUAUACGCAUUUUUGAAACACAAAAAGAACUAGAUACUUUAAAAUUACCGGUGGAAAAUUUUAAUCAUACAAAAUCUUUAACACUCGAUUCCAUUUUACAUCCCAGAUUUCCUCCAUUACAGAGAAAAUUUAAAAAUCAAACACUAGAAAUGGAUUAUUCCGGAUCAGAAAUAUUAGAAAAAACUAAUAAAAUAUAUUUUGAACAUUUAGAAUAUGAAAAUAAAUUUAAUACAUCUGAAAUUAUCAAUACAUCUGAAAUAACUAAUACAUCUGAUAUAUCUAAAAUCAUUGAAACAUCUAAUACACAAGAAAUCAUUCAAACACCUAAUUCACCUAAAAUCAUUAAAACAUCUAAUACAUCUGAAAUUAUUGAUAUAAUCAAUACACCUAAUAUUCCUCAUACACCUAAUAAUUAUAAUAUUGAAGAAACACUACCUAAAAAACAUUCACUAAAUAUUGCCGAAAAUACGACUAUUAUUAAUCCUAGUUUUGAACAAGAAACCAAAGUUUUUCUAAACAACACAAACAAUAUUCAGAAUAAUGAUAUAUCAAAAAAUAUAUAUAAACUAUCGACAAUCACGAACAAAGAUGAUACAAAAAAUACUAUUUCAGAAAACAUGGAAACAGAUGGAUCAGAAAGUCUUUCAGAUACUGAAAUUCCUACAAUUAUUAUGGAAGACAGUAGUUACGAAGAAUAA